GGCGUGGGUGAUGGAGGAGGAAGAAGGGUUGGAGGUGGUCGGCUAUGGCGGACGGGCAUGGGUGAUGGAGGAGGAAGAAGGGUUGGAGGUGGUCGGCUAUGGCGGCGGGCAUGGGAGAUGGAGAAGGAAGAAGGGUUGGGGGUGGUCGGCUAUGGUGGACGGGUGUGGGUGAUGGAGGAGGAAGAAGGGUUGGGGGUGAUCGGCUAUGGUGGACGAGUGUGGGUGAUGGAGGUGGAAGAAGGGUUGGGGGUGGUCGGCUAUCGUGGAUGGGUGUGGGUGAUGGAGGAGGAAGAAGGGUUGGGACUGGUCGGCUAUGGUGGACGGGUGUGGGUGAUGGAGGAGGAAGAAGGGUUAGGGGUGGUCGGCUAUGAUGGACGGGUGUGGGUGAUGGAGGAGGAAGAAGGGUUGGGGUUGGUCGACUAUGGUGGACGGGUGUGGGUGAUGGAGGAGGAAAAAGGGUUGGAGGCAGUCGGCUAUGGUGGACGGGUGUGGGUGAAGGAGGAGGAAGAAGGGUUGGGGGUGGUCGGCUAUGUGGGACGGGUGUGGGUGAUGGAGGAAGAAGAAGGGUUGGAGGUAGUCGGCUAUGGUGAUCGGGUGUGGGAGAUGGAGGAGGAAGGAGGGUUGGGGGUGGUCGGCUAUGGUGGACGGGUGUGGGUGAUGGAGGAGGAAGAAGGGUUGGGGGUGAUCGGCUAUAGUGGACGGGUGUGGGUGAUGGAGGAGGAAGAAGGGUUCGAGGUGGUCGGCUAUGGUGGAUGGGUGUGGGCGAUGGAGGAGGAAGAAGGGUUGGGGUGGUCGGCUAUGGUGGACGGGUGUCGGCGAUGGAGGAGGAAGAAGGGUUGGAGGUGGUCGGCUAUGAGGGAAAGCAAGGAAGGGGAAGGGACCAGUGCGGCCGGAGAAGCGGGUGGCUCCGAAGAUGGUCUCAAGAGGGUAGUCGCCACUCUCACCAGGACACUAAACAAGAACCAGGGGUAUCUCGCAGAUGCAAAGAAGAAACUCACGUUCGAUGGGGCCAACAUUGCAAAGUUUCUAAUAGACUAUGAGAACCUAGCAGCCUUACUGAAAUGGACAGAAGAGGAAAAAAUGGAGCACCUAGGGCAGCACGUGUCACUAAGCUUGGGAAGGGACAUUAUGGCCAUCGUCGCCUCUAGUGGAUCCUGGAAAGAAACCAGGAAUGAGAUGAUGAGGAAAUACCUGAAGGCAGAAAAAAUGGCAACAGAGUCCGAAUUAGCCGCAGUCCAGAGGAAAAACUAUGUGACUUACAACGAUUUUCUAAGGGCGUUCACGUUAGUGGCUCUGCGAAUUCCCGGGGUAACGGACCGCAUAAUGAGUAAAUACUUCCUCAGGCAGUUUUUCGAGUUUGAUAAAGAUAAGAUUUUAUCAGCAUACCAGCAGACCAGUAAGUUUGAAUACACGAGAGAUGUGGACUUCAGCACCGUAACAGACCUUGCGGAAAAGACAGUGGUCACCGAGACACUAGCCCUGCUUAAGGAAGGGGAGGUCAUAGAUCUGACCGGGAAGACGGGGGAUAAGGUCAAGAAGGGGAUAAAGAGCCUGCACGAACGGGUGCACGGGGUUGAUAGCAAGAUGGACAGAACGGAAAAAGCGUUGUUAGUAAUGCAGGCGCAAGUGUCCAGACCCGCCCUCCCGCCCCAAGAGGUCGUGGUUCCGGCAGCUGUAGCAAACCGGGGGUUUGGCAGGAGGGACCCAACCAACGAACAAUGCAAGUAUUGCACCAUGAUCGGGCAUUUCGUACGGGCCUGUCCGAGACUCAAUCACGAUAUCGAGCGGCAGAGGUGCAGUAGGUCCCUCAAAGGCGAGAUCCUCGGACCCAGGGGGGAGCGUGUCAAUUGGAACUUGCCAGGAGGGAUGAGGCGAGCCGUCAUCCUCCGGAAUAACUUAGAGAUAGCGGCCGUAGAAGCAGAGCCGAUACCCGAGAUUGUCUGGGACCAGCCAAGGGGACGGGGACCACAGGCCAAUUUUAUCCUAGAAGACAAUGGCCAGGAUAGGGUAAAUAUUAUCACUCGUCGGACCGGCGCAGAAAAGAAGCUUAUUCAAGAUACAGUAAUGGAAGAACUCGCAGGGAAUAGCACGGGCCAGCAAGAGACCGAAGUCGGGAAAAAAGAGAAGGUUUAUGAGAAGCCAAGGGAGGACGAAACGGUAGACAAGGCUACGGCGGCAAAAAAAAAGUUCAGGUAUCAAAUUCCGAUCCCGACUUCGUCAGAAAUCGAUUGCACCUUGAGUAAGCUAUUGGGUACCAUGGUAUCGCUGUCUUUUCAGACCAUGCUGCAAGCCAGCCCGAGGCUGCUUAAAGGACUCAGGCAGUUGCUAACGCGUAAGCGCGUAGAGGUAGAGGAGGCCCCGGAACCGCAAGAGCAGGACACGAAAGAGGUCGAGGCGCCGCAAGGAGUCUCCAACCUCCAAAGCAUUCCAGGGGGCCUGGGAGAUUUGGAGAAAGCCUUUGCGGACAUCCGCCUAAGCCUACCGGAUCAUGAAGGUGGCGAAGUCAUGAGGGCGCCACCCGGGACAAAGCUUAGCUUUCAUGCAUUACUAACAUACCUGUUCGAAAGGCGAUUUAUCCUAAGGAUCGAUCCCACCAACGUUGCCGGGGCCCUAAAGAACUACAAGCCUAUAGAUCCGACCGUUGGCAGAUGGAUAGGCUUCAUAUGGCGAUUCGACUAUAAGGUCGAGCGAAUUGCAGGGCUUCGAAAUAUGGCAGAUGGGCUGAGCAGGGUAUGUAUCACGCCAGAAGGAGUAGAGGACGCUGAACCAAUUGACGCCUUCCUGGAAUACGAAGGAGGGACCCUUGUUGUGGAUAAUGAGAUGGCAGAUCCAGCAACUACAACAGGUCAGUUGCUGAUUGAGACCUUGGAAAAUGGCGCACCAGCAGUGGUUGCAGAACUCAGGGAAGGAAUAGUCACCACGGUUAGGCGCAAAGAGGAAAAGGACUCGUGGGGAUCAGAAGUAGGGACCAGAGAGAAACUGAUGGCAACGAUCGUCGAAGGGGGACGGGACGCCGUGACGACGUUGGCCGAAGCCUGGGCAUAGAAGGAGUGUCAGUACCUAGUCAACCUCACUCGGGAGGAGUAGGGUACGGAUCAGAAGGAAGAGGACUUCUUCCUUAUACAGAUGUACGAGGGCGUCUUCAAAGAAAUCGGUCUGCUGCUUGUAGGGAACAAACAACCCACGGAAGU